CUCAGGAGCAGGCUGCAAGGUUGGUUGUAGUGAUCUUCCUUUGCACCGCGCUUAUUGAUUAGAUUCUUCUCAGACAUGAAGGCCAUGUCUUCCUCCCUGCUGUGUGCCAUCUUCACUAGUGUCCUUUGCUUUGCAACCAUUGCUGCUGGCGGUGACGAUCAAUUUCUCUUCUCAGGAUUUGCUGGAGCUAACAUCACUCUUGAUGGCGUAGCCACCAUCACACCAGAUGGCCUAGUCGACCUAACCAACGCUCAUGAGAGGUUGAUAGGUCACAUGUUCUACCCGACUGCUUUGCACUUCCGCAAGUCUCCCAAUUCCAUAGUGCAAUCCUUUUCUGUAUCUUUUGCAUUUGGCAUCCACCCAAACUACCGACCCAGCCAAGGCUUUGCCUUUUUCAUUGCGAAAAGCAUGAAUUUCUCAUCCGCCAUUGAUCUACAGUACUUUGGCAUCUUCAACACCAUGAACCAAGGCAACUUAAGCAACCACAUAUUUGCUAUUGAGAUUGACACCCUCUUAAACAGUGAGUUAAGAGACAUUGAUGCCAACCAUAUUGGAAUAGACAUCAACAGUGUCAUUUCAAACGAGUCCCACACAGCUGGUUUCUAUGAUGACAAUAAUGGUCUCUUCAACCCCUUGAAUCUCACUACUGGUGAAGCAAUGCUUGUUUGGAUCGAUUACAGUGAGGAAACUUCACAAAUUAAUGUGUCGAUGUCUUCACUUUAUAUGUCCAAACCAGGAAGGCCACUUAUCUCAACCAUCUACAACCUCUCGACAGUGAUCACCGAGGUUGCAUACCUUGGCUUCGCAUCUGGAGCUGGCAAGGAUAACACCCGACACUACAUACUUGGGUGGAGCUUUGGUAUGAAUAGACCAGCACCAAUUAUUGACAUAAGAAAGCUGCCAAAGCUGCCUCGUGUUGGCCCAAAGCCUCAACCAAAGGUCCUUGUGGUUGUUUUACCGAUUGCAACAGGAACUUUGGUUUUCACUGUGGGGCUCACGGUUUUUCUACUUGUACGAAGAAACAAGAAGUAUGCUGAGCUACGAGAAGAUUGGGAGACGGAGUUUGGGCCUCACCGGUUCUCCUACAAAGAUCUGUAUUAUUCUACAGGAGGAUUCAAGACUAAGAAUCUCUUGGGAGUUGGUGGAUUUGGAAGAGUGUACAAAGGUAUGCUUCCAAAAUCUAAUGUUGAAAUAGCAGUAAAGAGGGUAUCACAUGAGUCAAAACAAGGCAUGAAGGAAUUUGUUGCAGAAAUUGUUAGUAUUGGCCGCCUUCAACAUCGUAAUAUUGCGCAUUUACUUGGUUAUUGUCGACGGAAAGGCGAACUCUUUUUGGUUUAUGAGUACAUGCCAAAUGGAAGUCUGGACAAGUACUUGCAUAGUCAAGACAACAAGCCCACACUCAGUUGGCCCCAUAGGUUUCAGAUAAUCAAAGGAAUUGCAUCUGGGCUACUAUACCUGCAUGAGGAGUGGGAGAAGGUUGUUAUCCACAGAGAUAUUAAGGCAAGUAACAUACUGCUUGAUAAUGAAAUGAAUGCGCGGCUAGGUGACUUUGGUCUUGCUAGAUUAUAUGACCAUGGCCUUGUUGAUUCUUCAACCACCCAUGUGGUUGGCACCAUAGGGUACUUGGCUCCUGAGCUAGCAUGCACUAGAAAGGCAACCCCGCUUACAGAUGUAUUUUCCUUUGGUAUAUUCAUUCUUGAGGUCGUUUGUGGACGGAGGCCGAUAAGGCAAAAUGCACAAGAAAAACAAGUCAUGCUGGUUGAUUGGGUGCUUGAGCAUUGGCACAACAGAACCAUCACUGACACAGUGGAUGCUGCACUACAUGGUGACUACAAUGUUAGUGAGGCUUGCUUAGCGCUGAAGCUAGGAUUGUUAUGCUCGCACCCGUUUGUGGAUCGAAGACCUACUAUGAGACAAGUAGUGAAAUAUCUUGAGGGAGAUGCUGAAUCACCUGAGCUAACGCCCACACAUAUGAACUUUGAGAUGCUCGCCAUGAUGCAAAAUGAAGGAUUUGAUCCAUAUAUCAUGUCAUAUCCUUCAUCAAUGACAAGCCAUGGCUCAGUAUCAGACAUCUCAACUACUGGAACUGGAAGAUGAAUACGUGCCAAGCUACUGAUGAGAGAGUCCUCAUAUACCUGUUCUACCUCAUGUGUAUAGUAGGUAAAGUCCCAUAUUUUCUGGUGCGAAACAUGGUGUCAAUUUAUUAUGUAAUGUAAACAGCUAGCUAGGAGUAUAGGGAAGGACUACUCUGUGGCGGCCAUAUAUAGAAUACCUAUUGUGUAUAUAUGGCUACCUAGGUUUACCACAAUGAAUGUACUUAUUUACGAUAUUGUGAAUACAAAUAUAUUUACGAUGCAUGA